AUGAAUCGCCUUGCAGAUUGUAGGCAGCGUAAACAACCAGGGCCAGGCAAAACCAAACUCCAGCUGGCCAUUGACAUUUCCCUGAUCCUUCCUUUCACUCAGCUUCCUUCCACAAUGCCCAAAGCACUCCCGCUGCUGGCUGUUGCAUGGCUUGUGCACGGAGCCAUGUUGAGAAACGAAGAAAAAUGGAAGCCCCUCAACAAUCCUAGAAACCGAGAUCUGGGUACAUUUUUCAGAACCCUUCAGGCAUAUUUUAAAGGAAGAGGUCCUGAUCUUGGGAUGUUUUCAAAUAUUUCCUCCAUGAACAAGAAUCCCAGACCUCUCUCUUUCCAGUCAGAACUUAUUGCUUCUGCAUUUGCAGAUUAUGAAGAACAGAAAAACUCCUUCCCCAAUUACCUCAAACUUAAACCGGAGGCCGGAGCCCAGCGGCAAGCGCGGCGACCCGGUCGCCCGGAGGGUCCAGCCGCGGUCCAGUCCGGGUCCUGCCUACGCCCACGCCGCCAGGAAGAGGCGGGGCCAGAAGCUCCCGCGGAACCCGAGCGCCGCGGUUGCGGCGCAGGCCGGGCAGGUUUCCCGGAAGGACUACGGGUCCUUGUUUUUAGCGCCUCGGCGUGGGGGUAG